AUUCUUACUGCUCUACGGAUUAAGCCAUAAGCCGAUAACUUCUGCCUUAAUUAGUGUUUUUUUUAUUCACUCCUGAAUAGAAGCUUGUUCUAGAAAAACCCUGUAAAACCCUAACCCGCGACGAAGGAGUAACUGCAAUGUCUCCACCACUCCUCUUUGAAGAUAUCUUCAAUAUUAUUAAUAUUGAUCCUGAUGGCAAGAAGUUCGACAAAGUUUCUCGGAUUGAAGCACAAAGUGACAAAUUUGAUGCAUACAUACUGCUUGAUGUGAACAUCGAUGUGUACCGUAUUAACAAAGAUAAGCGUUACACAAUUGGACUUGCAACCACCCUUGAUUUGGAUGGAACUCCUGACACUGGGUACUAUAACCAGACCUCACGGGAGACAUUGGCAGACAGAUACGAGUAUGUCAUGCAUGGAAGAACUUAUCGUGUAGCUGAUGUUGAUUCUGAUGGACAAGAGAAGGGGGAGAUUUAUGUUUCAUUUGGCGGUCUGUUGAUGAUGCUGAAAGUCGACAAGAGUGUGAGCAAACAUUUUGAACUGGACCAGAGAUUGUUCCUCUUAAUGAAGAGAACCGAGUAGGCAAAGGGGAUACUACUAGUCUACUUGUAAAACACUGUUAUCUGCUUUAUAGCAAUGUUCAGAAUGUGAUGGAUAUCUAUGAAGUCCGUAUCAGCCUAUUCGAUAUUUUAGGCUUUUAGCUAUGUCAAAUGAUUUUAUUAUUUGACUUAUCGAUAUUUUGUUAUUUGGUUUGAUAAAAAACAUAUGUUCGCCUUGAUGCC